UAGCAGAGAGGGAGGGCGGAGAGCGCUCGGCGGUAUUCUGGUGAUCCGGAGGGACCGCGAGGCGGACGGACCGUCGGAUCUCUGCAGUACCUGACCUGAAAACCUCCCAACCACCGCGCGCCUUUCCUGCUGCCACUGCGCCCCAGAAAACCCACUGCACCUUAACGCGGCGGGCCGCGCGGCUUUUCCUCGUCCAGGUGCGCGAGCAACCCGUCGAUCAUCCGCCGGGAGCUCGCGGAGCGGCAGCCGCGGCUGGUUAGCGCGCACACGGUCAUCUCACGGCGGCAGAGCCGGACACGAAGAGCCGCUUUGGGGUUCGGGUUUUCCGCCCACGCAGCGUGCGCUCGGUGCCGGAGCUCCGUGUUUACGCAGCGGGGGGAGGAGGGCGAUCUGCGGCCGACACUCCAAGCGGGUUUGUGGGAGAUUUUUGGUGUCGCGGCGAGCUGAAAACCGAGGACUGAGAAGGACUCUGCACCGCCCACCUCCACCUUCACAGAUGGGUCAGAGCUUCCAGAGCAGCCCGGAGAGCCUCGGAGGGUCCGCUCACACCUGCACGCACCUGCCCGCCCCGACCUGCGGGGGCUGUAUGAUGUAGGAGCCGCUGCCUCCAGCACCGCCAGUAGAGCCAUCGCCUCCACCCACCAGUGCACCAGCGUCUCUGCCCCCCUCACCACCACCACCCAGCGUCCCACCAUGCCGGCGGGGAUGAAACCGCUGGAGAAGUUCCUGAAGAAGCAGACCACGGCGCUGACCCGGGCCGGGGGCUUCGUCGGCGGGGUGGCGGACAAGACCAGCGGGGGGACCGGGGCGUCCCGCCGGAGGGCCAGUCUGUCCCGGGUCGUACCUUUCUUCAGGGAGACGUCACCGGAGAGCGGACACGCUCGGGAGGUAUUCAGCCCUGACAGCGAGGACCCCCCCUCCUGGCCUUCAGCUGCAGGAACUGGUUUGGUGUCGGUGCCCAGCAGCGCCAACAGCUCCGGUUCUGGUUCUGGUUCUGGGGGAGGUGAUGUUCGGAGUCCAUCUCUGUCCAGUGAUGAGCAGAGCUCCGAAGCCAGCCUCAUCACAGAGACCUACACUGGAGGAGGAGGAGGGACGCCUCUUCAUCCCGACACUCCCGACAACCUGACGCUCGCUGUGGUGGACAGCGUAGCGGGAAGACGCUACGGACACUGUGCAGAAACUCUGCUGGAUGACUUCAUGUUGACACAUCCCAUCUUCCUGACGGCCGACAGGCUCCAGCAAGUCCUGCUGCAGCAAUUCUCUCUGGAUGGAGAGGGGGGAGGGAGGCAGAGGGAGGCAGAGGGGGAGACGAGAAGAGGAGGAGAGAGGGAUGGAGAGAUGGAGGCCGAGAUGAGUGCAGCAGAGAGGAAGCAGGCCGUGCUGAAUGUGGCGUUCAGGUACCUGGACACCUACAGAGAACUGCUGCAGGAGGAGGGAGAACGCAGCAACAGCUUCCCCAAGGAGCUGUACAUGUGUGCGGUUCAGGAGCUGAGUCGGUAUCCUGAGCUGGUGGAGGACGUCCUGAAACUGCAGCGAUGGACCGAGAUCUUACACUGCCCCUCUGAUGAGGAGAAGGAAAGCAGGAAGAAGCAGGUCCGUCCUCUGUUCAGACACUUCCGACGCAUUGAUGCCUGCCUGCAGCCCAGAGAGGCCUUCAGAGGCUCCGAUGAGAUCUUCUGCAGGGUCUACACCCCAGACCACUCGUACGUCACCAUCAGGAGCCGCCUUUCCUGUCGGGUUGGAGAGAUUCUGGCUCUGGUCAGAGAGAAACUCCAGUACAGCGAAGACCAACCAGUUCUGCCUGGAAACCUCAUACUGGUGGCCGUCACAUCAGCUGGAGAGAAAGCGGUGUUUCGUCCCAGUGAUGAGGCCGUCUUCACCACACUGGGCGUCAACACUCACCUGUUCGCCUGUGAACCGUCUGAACUGGACUCGCUGCUUCCUCUUCCUGAGGAGAUCCACUGGACACCAGGUGACAGUAAACUUCACGACAUGUCAGCGGAGGAAGUGGCCAGUCAGCUGGUGGUGUUUGACUGGGAGCUCUUCAGCUGUGUACACGAGGUGGAGUUUGUGUGUUAUGUGUUUCAUGGCGAGCAGUCUCGCUGGCGCCCCCUCAACCUGGAGCUGGUACUGCAGCGCUGCAGCGAGAUGCAGCACUGGGUCGCCACGGAGAUCUUGCAGUGCCAGUCGCUGCCGAAGAGGAUCCAGCUGCUCCGCAAGUUCAUCAAGAUCGCAGCGCUCUGCAAGCAGCAACAGGACCUGCUGUCCUUCCUGGCGGUGGUUCUGGGUCUGGAUAACCCGGCUGUCAGCAGGCUGCGGCUCACCUGGGAGGGUCUCCCAGGAAAGUUCAGGAAGCAGUUUCAGCAGUUUGAAAGCAUCGCUGACCCCUCCAGGAACCACAAAUCCUACCGGGACCUGAUCACCAGUUUGCGACCACCUCUGAUUCCUUUCACACCUCUGCUGCUCAAAGACUUGACAUUUCUCCAUGAGAGCUGCAAGACGUUUCACGGUGAACUCGUCAACUUUGAGAAGAUGCAUAAAGUUGCAGAGAUGGUGAGGAACAUCAGGCGAUACAGGAGCGCUCAGCUCACCAUGGAUACCGAGGCGUCCCCGUCCCACCUGCAGACGAAGGCGUACGUUCGGCAGCUUCAGGUGAUUGACAACCAGAACUUGCUGUUUGACAUGUCCUGCAAGCUGGAGCCCAAAGACACAUAGAGGGACGGAUGGUGGGACGAAGAGGAGGCAGAGGAAGGUUUAUCAGUACCAGACUCCAUAAAUCAGAGAUGCAGACGGAGGUUCAGGUCUGCUCCUUUAACUCCUGAAACAACCUUUUGGUUCAGACUGACAGCUGCUGACAUGGAGGACUCACCACGCCGGACCAGAAACCCAGAGACUGGACCGGUCUGCCUGAGGUUAAACUUUUUACAGCAAGUCUUCACUCUCCUGCAGCAGCUUCACCUCUGCAGACAGAAAGUCAUAAGCUGAGUAAACCUGACCCACAUCAGAUCUAACAGCUUUUAAACCGGUUCCUGAGUCUCAGCCGAGACCCAGAGCAGAUUCAUGGUUUUAUUCAAAGUUACGGAAACAGGAGACGGAAAGAAGACCAACAACCAGCUGCUGCCAACCAGUCAGCGAUGAUGUGAACACAGCAAGAAAAUCUCAUUAUCAGAUCAGAAAACACAAAAACUAUGGAGCAAACACAGCGAAGUUUAUCCUGACAUCAUCGUAAUAAGAAAAACACCAUUAAAAACAACUUAAAGGGAUAAAAUAAACACAACACAUGAUAUAAAUUAUAAGCAUAACUUUGAUCUCCAGCCAUCAUCAUAAU